UUAGUUAAUUGCCCAUUUAAAGAAGCGGAAGUGGUCCGGGUGGUUGGUGAUGCGGGGUUAGCUUGCAGAUUUUGCUCUCUAAAUUAAUUGAGGACGAUGACGGAAAGUUUCAUCUUGCAUCUCUUGAUCCUGACUUUGACAGCAGAGUUUGAUGUAAAGGCCUCUCAACUGAGCUCUAACCCUCCGAUACCUUAUACAUCGGGUCGGUCGCAAACGAGGGAAACCUUACCAACCAAGCACCUCUCGAAUCAAGCAAAAGAUUCGCCCAGCAGACAGAUCACACGUGUCAAAACAGUAGCUGUGAUUUGCCACGAGAAUUACAUGGAGAUAGCGGUUAAGGUUGACCUCUUUGAUGUUGAUUUACCUGUGGAUGCUUCAGAGCUGCGGCUAGGUGCCGACAGUCAGUUCACUCCUUCGUGUAAAGUGACCGCGUUCUUCAAUAACGAGUACAUCAUAGCAGCUGAGCUCACUGACUGUGGCACUCAACACUGGAUUACAGAUGACUCUCUUAUAUACACCAACCUCCUUAUCUUCACUCCACAACCCUCUCCAGAUGGAGUGGUUCGCCUUGAGCAGGCAGUAGUUCCUAUUGAAUGUUAUUACAGCAGGAGAUUUGACAUUACCAGUAACUCCAUCAAACCAACAUGGGUUCCUUACGUUUCAACGCAAUCUGCACUGGAGGACUUGCAGUUUUCACUAAAGCUAAUGACAAGUGAUUGGCACUCUGAACGGACCUCUGCUGUGUACUUCUUGGGUGACAUCAUAAACAUGGAAGCCUCAGUUCGUCUGGGUCAUCACAUUAACCUCCGCAUAUAUUUUGAGAGCUGUGUUGCCACAGUGACUCCAGAUAUCAACUCUGUCCCCAGAUACACGUUUAUUGAAAAUCAUGGUUGUCUGAUGGAUGGACCGAUAACCGGGUCAAAGUCACGUUUCCUGCCCAGAAUCCAAAAUGACAAACUUCAACUCCAGCUGGAUGCCUUCAAGUUCCACCAAGAGAUGAGGCCAGAGAUGUACAUCACCUGUAAUCUUCAAGCUUACCCUGUAAUGGAUGCAGUUAACCCCUUUCAUAAAGCAUGCUCCUUUAUCGAUGGAAGCUGGAAGGCUGCAGAUGGAGAUGACUGGGCUUGUUAUAGCUGCCAAGGAACAAAAGAGUAUGCUCCAUCCUUCCAAUCCACACUGCAACAAUCUGGGCCACCUCCUGCUCCCAGAUCAGACCAGAACUCAUCUUCCCCAAAGCCCAACAAAUUCCAGCCCAGAAUUCAAGAGGGUUCUGGAAGUUAUUUAAAUUCCUUGCUAACAGAUAGUGAGCAUAUUCCCUCUUGGAGGAAAUUAAUUAUUCCACAGGAGGAGGAUGAGGGAAUUGGUUCAGUGGGGUGGGAACUAGAGAAAACAGUGGGUCCAUUGGCCAUCUUUCCAAAGAAAAGCAAAAUGGGAUUUCUGGCUCCUCCUAGAGUGAAGGAGGGUGUUCCUCCUCUCCCUUCUCUCAGUAAAGAUAAGAAACCGAUGCCUCAUAGUAGCCUAUGGAAGAAUGGUGUCACUGCUGAGAUGGACCAAGUGGGUGGUGUAACUCCUUCACCUUCAUGGGAACCCACUGAACAACCCAGUAUUACAGAAAGUGAACCAGAAUCCGAAAAGCUGGAAGAGGAUGGUGAAUAUGACAGUGAAGAUGAAGAUUAUGACGGUGAAGAUGAAGACCAUGACUAUGAAGAGAGCAGAGGAGAGACAAAAGAGUCUGAUCAAGGCAUGUGGAAGACUAGAAUUUUGCCAAAAGAAGGUUUUAAGGAACUCUUCAAAACUCGAUCCUCGAAUGAGGAAGACUCUGGACUGCAUACAUUGGGUAUAAGCCCUUCCCUACCAGAAGAGGAGCCAGCUGACAUAUCACCCUCCUAAGGAUUCUGAACUUCUAAACUGAAGGACAUGAAUGCUGACAAAGAUUAAAUGAACGGAGGUGGAGGAAAAUCUAGUUCACAAAGCACACAAGCAGGAAACAAGACAUGAGCGGUUUCACCCUUUAUUUCACCACUUGUUUUCAUUCAUUGUCUGCUUCUUUUUUAUGGAAUAAAAGAAAUGGAAACACUCAUGA